AGAGCGCCGGGCAGCGGCCGCGGGCGAACCGUACGGUGAAAUGUACACAGCUCCCGGCAAUAAAUAGAGAAGCGACCCUAAAAAAUAAACCAAAAAAUCCGAAAAAAAAAACCCAAAACAAAACAGAACAGAACAACAAAAAAGGAAAAAAAAAAAAAAAAAGAAAAAAAAAGGAAAAAAAAAAAACAAAACAAAAAACCCCAAAACAACGCGAAAACAAAAGGAACGAACCGAGAGAGAGAGAGAGAGAGAGAGAGGAAGAGAGAGAGAGAGGAGGAUGAGGAGGAGGAGGAAGGGCGCGGGCGCGGGGCGGAAUGUGGCGCGGGCGGCGGCGCCCGCCGGAGGAGCGGUCCCAACUCGACGCGGCGAUCCCUCGGGGUGAGCACACGGCGUUCCCCACACUGCGGCGCUGCGGCUGCUUCCACGGCGCGGGGCGGAAACACGCGAGCGCGGCUGGCUUCAAGUACAAAGUUACAAUGCCUUUUUUUUUUUUUUUUUGCCUUUUUUUUUCCUUUUUUCUUUUUUUUUUUCUUUUUUUUUCCGCAUUUUUUCUUUUUUUUUUUUCAUCUUUUUUCCUUUCUUCUUCUCCUUUUACUUUUUUCUGUUUUCAUUUUUUUUUCUCGUUUUUUUUUCCUCCCGUUCAUUUCUCCCGUUUUUGUUUUUUUCCAUCUUUUUUUUUUUUUAAUGAUUUUUUUUUUUUGCCUUUUACUUUUUUAAUAAUAAUAUAUCAGAGUAAAAUUAUAGUGCUCUUUGAAACUCCACUACGAGAAAACGAAACAAACAGUCAUUGUCCGGACAGCAGACUUAAGUUAACAAUAUAUAUUCUUAAUAAAACGUUUUAGCACCGUGUUUGUCACCUAUCCCUCAGCGGAUCUUAAGGAAUUUAGGUUUCAUUUUUUUUAUUUUUUUUAAAUUUUUUUUCUUUAUUUUUUCUUUAUUUUUCUUUUUUUUAAAUCUAGGGCUGUGCAACAAAAGGUGUCUGUUUGUCUUAAAAAAAGCUGUGGGUCGGGGACGUUAAAAACGGAACUCUUUCCCCAAGCAUCCCCCAUAGUGGGGGCCGCUGCCGCGGGCGCCUUCCAGUUGUGCUGCAACGGAGGAGCUGCUGCUUCCCUGUGCUGCAUUGCAAUGUGUGCUGCAGGGCUGAGCAUUGCUUGCUCUGGUGCUGCAGGGCUGUGCAGGACCUGCAAAGUUUGCACCCUAUGCUGCAGGGCCGUGCACAGCUUGCAUCAGGUGUUGCAGCGCCGUGUGCGACCUGUAAGCAGUGCCGCAGGGCUGUGCAAAGUGUGCACCCUCUGCUGCUGGGCCAUGCAGGGCCUGCAACCUGUGCUGCAGCGCCGUGCAAAGUUUGGAGCCUAUGCUGCAGGCCUACGCAUUGCUCUGCACCUGCUGUUGCAGGACCACACACAACCUGCAAACAGCGCUGCAGCACCAUGCAAAGUUUGCACCCUAUGCUGCCGGGCUAUGCCAGGUUUGCAUCUGGUGCUGCAGGGCUGUGCAGGACUUGCAAUCAGUUCUGCAGGACCCUGCAAAAUUGGCACCCUAUGCUGCAGGGCCAUGCAUGGCUUGCAUCUGGUGCAAUGUGGGAUGGACAAACAGUGCUUACAGGGCCAUGCAGGAUUUGCAUUUGGUGCUUCAGGAUUUGCACCCAGCAUUGCAGAGUGGCGCAGGGUUUGCACCCAGAGUCGCAGGACUUGCACCUAGUGCUGCAGGGCCAUGAGGGCUUUGCAGCCAUGCUGCAGCACGCACCAUGCAGGCCCUGCACCCAGCACCACACAGGACCCACAGCGCUGCCCCAGCCCUGCGGCCCCCUCCUAGCACCAUGGGGACCCCCUGCCCCGAGCACCUCUCCAAGCACCCCGCAACGCCGCCGGCUGGCUCGCUGCGCAUUAGCCAGCACCCUGCACCGAGCUGCCGGCGGCGGUGGUGGCACGGUGGGGCCGGGGGUGUCCUGGCCCCCGCCCUGCGCACAGGACCCCCCCUUUCACAGUUACAGGAAGAGACGGCAACGGGGCCCCCCCGUGCCUUAGCACCAGUCCCUGCGCUCCCCCCGCGCACCGCAACUGAACCCCGAGCGCUGAGCACCAUCCGCACCGCAGCACCGCUGAACGCACCCGGCUCCGGAACUCUGCCGCCAGGCUGUCGUCUUCGCCACUGUCACUGCCACCGUGACUGUCACCACGACCAUCACCAUCAUCAUGACCGUCACAGUCACCAUCACCGUGACCAUCAUCACAACCGUCACGAUGACCAUGACCAUCAGCACGAUCAUGACGAUGACCAUGACCACGACUAUCACCGUCACCAUCACUGUUACCAUAACCAUGACCCAUCGCCAAGUCCAUGACCAUCACCAUGAUCGUCGUUAUCACCAUGACCACUACCGUGACCAUCGCCUCGACUGUCACUGACAUGAUGACUGUCACUAUGACCAUCACUGCAUCAGGAUCACCACCAUCAGCAUGACCAUCACUGUGACUGUUACUGUCACUAUGACCAUCAGUCACCAUGACCGUCACCAUAACCAUGACCGCCACCAAGACCAUGACCAUCACCACCAAUGUCACUGUCUCUGUCAUCGUGACCGUCACUGUGACCAUAACCAUGAUCGUGGCCAUGACUAUCCCUGUCACGGUGACCAUGAUCAGCACCAAUAUCAUGUCCAUCACCACGAUCGUCAUUGUCUCUGCCACCGUGACUCUCAUUAUGACCAUAACCAUGAUCAUGACCAUCACCCUGACAGUCACUGUGACCAUAACCAUGAUCAUGACCAUCACUGUCACCAUGACCACGACUGCCACCAAGACCAUGACCACCACUGUCUCUGUCACCGUGACCAUCACCAUGACCAUGACCCACGACCACGACGGUCACCACCACCAUCACGCCACCGCAGCAUCCCCACGCUCAGCACAGCACCGGCCGCCUUGCGCCCUCCUGCAGCUACUGCUGCCACGGGUGCACCAUGGACGCACCGUGGUGCCCACCAAAAGGACCGCUGGAACCCAUCGCUCCAAAAAAACACCGGCACGGGGUGGGCUCCAGCCCCGUCCCAACCCAGCGUUAGCACCAGGGUCCGAGCACCGCUCCGGCACCGCCUCCGCGCCGAAACCUCCGCCCGCUCGGGGCCACGUACGCAGAACAGCACCAGUACGUCGGGCGGGACGGCGCCGCUUCCUUUUGGGACAGAAAAAGGUUAUUGCAUGA